CAUUUCGGUGCUCUGUCAUUCCCAUUUGUGAAAUGAGCAGUAAUUACCACAUUACAUUUGUCUGAGUGACUGGGAGAGAUCCAUUAACUUCCUGCAUAAAAUGAUACUUCACACGAGGCUCAUUUUCCUGGUAGGAAUAUGUUUGGAAGGACUAGGAGAGAAGAGCAGCUGUAACUUGGUCUGAUGCUUUCAUUAGAGACUUCUUGUCCUUAAGCUGUCUCACAACAUACAGACAGGCUGCAGACCAGGGUGUCAGCCUUGUUUGGGGGGGUUUGGUGGCUCCUGCACGGAACAAAUCCCAGUCUUCAUGGACUGCAUGUUGUCUCUGUAAAAGGUGGAAUGAUACCUUGGCUUGAACAUCGACAAAAUAGUGAAAAUAAAACAUGGAGGGUUGUUUCUAUUCUAUUUUUUUCUACUCUGUUUGGGUGCAGUGGACUAAGGUCAAAGGCAUGACUAGGCUGGUACCAUGACUGGAGAUGCCUGGAGUGCAGGGGUUAUAGCCAAGUGGAAAAUGCAUUUAUAGGGUGAGAAGUAAUUCUUUUCUUUAUUUGACACACAUAAUUAUGUUUGAGUUUUGGAUCAGGGCCUCUCUGAAACAGUCAGAAUUGUGAUAAACUGGAGGAGCUAUGUUACUAUGUUUGGUCUGAAGGUGUUUCUGGUUCUGCCCUUCCUGUAUUGUGUCAAAUUAAGCAUUAAUCAAUUAGCUAGACUAAUCUGUUUUUAAUGUUGGGUAUUGCUCAUGUGCAUUCCCUUAAAAUUUCCAUGGUUUUGUCCCCUGUAUUAUGCUCUUAGACUUUAUUUCUUCCCUUACUCUUUAUUUUAAUGUGAAAACAUGUUCUAGUUUCAGACUAAACCAAGAUACAUGUACACUUCUUUUGCUCAAAUGACCUGGGGAAGCAAGGAAGGUGUUUCAUGUUAUCUAGAUACAGUUCCUUUACUAGGCAGCAAGUGUUUCCACUGAAAUAGGGACAUGGAUUCCUAUCUUGCUCAUUAGCAACAUCAGGACUGACAUUUAUAUAGUGAAAAAGCUGUGCUGAGUUCUGAGAUCUUAACUACAGAGAUGCUGAAUUUCCAACUCCCUCCACCCUCUCUCCAUGCAUCUGUUCCAUGUCGUGUUUAGGGAACUGUUGGCAUAUGAAGGAAUUACAGAGAAAGUGUAGACUAGAUUAAAGAAAAGCCUUAACUUGUUAUAUGUUGUUUUCUCUCUUACAUUAGUAUAAAUUAUUUUUCCAUCAGCAUAUCUGCUUUCAUUUUUAUUGAAUAACUGGAAAGAGCUGAUAAUACUGUUCCAGUGCCCUGUUACCCGUGAGAUCAAGUGGCAUUUGCUUCCAGGAGCUGGUAAAUCAUGGCCUGGUUUGAGGUUCUAUUAGCAAAGGCAAGGCUGUCUCUGAGCUGCAGGCCAGCCCUGGAUACAUCUUUAGGAUCUCUGGCACAUCUGUUGAUGGUUUUCCAUUUGCAGUGAUGGAGAGGGCUCUUAGUGGGUAAAAUCCCUCUCAAGCACAGAAGUUGCACAAAGCCUUUGCAGCAUGUUGGAGGCAGGCCCAAGGAAAAGGAAUAAAUUCCUUCUUGCUUAUUACUGGCUUGUUUUGACAAGCAUUCACAUCUCCUAAAAACAAGAUCCCUGCUGAGAUGGAAUAUGAUAUGUCCAACAACUAUUGCAAAAAGCAAUGGAGAAGGAGAUAACAUCUUCCCAGGAAACACAAGCCAAGGAGCUGCUAAAGGAGGCAUCAGGAAGCAGCAGAAAGCUCCCAAAGCACAUCCAUCGAAGCACAGUGAGACUGAAAGGAGCUGAUGCCUGGAAUGGGAGAAGAGGGAGAAGGAACAUUUAGCAAAAGGCAGCAGCAAGAAGCCAGAGACUGAAUAAGGGAGAUCCUCCACUGCUCCAUGGAGUUUUCCUACUGAGUCCCUGCUUUGGAAAUGGGGAAAGAGUUAAUUGUGAUGUUGAGUGAGAGGCUUUGCUCAGCAAAGCUCCAGGAGCAGCAGCUGAGGACCUGCCUCUGAACUUCCCUUGAUUCUAAAAAUCAGCACAUACCACACUUUUGCAGACAAAUGAAGUGGAGAAGCAAACUCUGAGGGCUUUUCAGUCCAGGCACCCUGGAGGAGGAAUAUCUGGCACCAAAUUCCUGUAGAUCAGUCGGUGCUUACUGAGACUGGACUAUUUUUUGGAAGACGGGAUUUUUGUCAGUAUUUACUGCCUGCUCAUCAUGUCUUCAAUUCUUGGGAAGAUGAAGAAAUUUGGCAGUUUUGACAUGGAGGAAUCUGAAGUGGCAGAUGAACACACAGAAGGGGAGGAGUCUGUCCUGGAAACAUCUGACAACUCCCCGGGCCCACCCAGCACCAGGGCACAGCCACCCAAAAGCAACAUCUUUGCAAGGCGUGGGCGGUUUGUGAUGGGGGAUAGUGACAAGGACAUGGCUCCCAUGGACUCCUUUUACCAGAUGGAUCACCUGAUGGCACCUUCUGUCAUCAAAUUUAAUGUCAGUUUGGAGAGGGGGAAACUUCACAAGCUCCUGUCUGCAGAUUCCAUCACAGGCUGCUCAGAAAAAGCUUUCAAGUUUUACGAUCGCAGAAGGAUCUUUGAUGCUGUAGCCCGAGGCAACACAAAGGACCUGAGUGACCUGCUACUCUACCUUAAUAGAACCUUCAAGCAUCUCACAGAUGAGGAGUUCAAAGAGCCUGAAACUGGGAAAACCUGUUUACUGAAAGCCAUGCUGAAUCUGCAUGAUGGGAAAAAUGAUACCAUUCCCUUGCUGCUGGAUAUUGCAAGGAAAACUGGAACUCUGAAAGAGUUUGUUAAUGCAGAAUAUACUGACAACUACUACAAGGGCCAGACUGCUCUUCACAUCGCCAUCGAGAGAAGGAACAUGUACCUGGUGAAGCUCUUGGUCCAGAAUGGAGCAGAUGUUCAUGCACGAGCCUGUGGGGAGUUCUUCAGGAAAAUCAAAGGGAAAUCUGGCUUUUAUUUUGGGGAGCUGCCCUUGUCCCUGGCUGCCUGCACCAACCAGCUCUGCAUUGUGAAAUUCCUCCUGGAGAAUCCCUACCAGGCUGCUGACAUUGCUGCUGAGGACUCCAUGGGCAACAUGGUCCUGCACACCCUGGUGGAGAUUGCAGAUAACACUAAGGAUAACACCAAGUUUGUAACCAAGAUGUACAAUAACAUAUUGAUCCUUGGUGCCAAAAUUAAUCCAAUCCUGAAGCUGGAAGAGCUCACCAACAAGAAAGGGCUGACUCCAUUAACUCUGGCAGCCAAAACAGGGAAGAUAGGGAUUUUCGCUUACAUCCUCAGACGAGAGAUCAAAGAUCCCGAGUGCAGACACCUGUCCAGGAAGUUCACUGAAUGGGCAUAUGGACCUGUCCACUCCUCUCUUUAUGACCUGUCCUGUAUAGACACGUGUGAGAAAAAUUCAGUUCUGGAGAUUCUUGCCUACAGCAGUGAGACACCAUCUGAUACAUACUGGUCCCAGCAAGACUCUCCUCUUUCUCCUUCUGCUCAGAACCGGCACGAGAUGCUGCUGGUGGAGCCCCUUAACAGGCUCCUGCAAGACAAGUGGGACCGGUUUGUCAAACACUUGUUUUACUUCAACUUCUUUGUCUAUACCUUGCACAUCAGCAUCCUCACUGCAGCUGCUUACUACAGACCUGUACAGAAGGACCAAAAGCCUCCCUUCACCUUUGGUUACACCACUGGGGAGUAUUUUCGAGUGACUGGAGAGAUCCUGAGUGUUCUGGGAGGCCUCUAUUUUUUUUUCAGAGGGAUACAAUAUUUCGUGCAGAGGCGCCCGUCAUUCAAGACGCUGAUCAUUGAUGGCUACAGUGAGGUUCUUUUCUUUGUUCACUCCUUACUCCUCCUGAGCUCUGUGGUGCUGUACUUCUGUGGCCAGGAACUCUACGUGGCUUCCAUGGUGUUCUCCUUGGCACUGGGCUGGGCCAACAUGCUCUACUACACCCGUGGCUUCCAGCAGAUGGGCAUUUACUCUGUCAUGAUUGCCAAGAUGAUCCUUAGAGAUCUGUGUCGCUUCAUGUUUGUCUAUCUAGUGUUCCUCUUGGGAUUUUCUACAGCUGUGGUGACUUUAAUUGAGGAUGACAACGAGGGGCAAGAGACAAAUACCUCUGACUAUUCCCGCUGCUGCCACGUGAGACGAGGCCGCACGUCCUACAACAGCCUGUAUUACACCUGCCUGGAGCUUUUCAAGUUCACUAUUGGGAUGGGGGACUUGGAGUUCACAGAGAACUACAGGUUCAAGUCUGUGUUUGUCAUCCUCUUGGUUCUCUAUGUCAUCCUCACGUACAUCCUCCUGCUCAACAUGCUCAUUGCGCUGAUGGGGGAAACCGUGAACAAAAUUGCACAGGAGAGCAAGAGCAUCUGGAAACUCCAGAGAGCCAUCACAAUCUUGGAUAUUGAAAACAGCUACUUGAACUGUUUGAAGAGCUCAUUCCGGUCCGGGAAGCAAGUCUUGGUGGGGAUCACACCUGAUGGCCAAGAUGAUUACAGAUGGUGCUUUAGGGUUGAUGAAGUGAACUGGUCCACAUGGAAUACGAAUCUGGGCAUAAUCAACGAAGACCCCGGGUACUCCGGGGACCUCAGACGGAAUCUCAGUUUCUCUAUUAAACCUGGCAGAGCACAAAAUGCGAAGGAUGAAGUGGGCUCAUCACUCACAGCAGUUUGACUCUUGGGAAUAAAACCCCCAUAGAUCUGUCAUUCUGAAUGAAGAUUUUACAAGACAGAUAAGGUGUGAAGCCUGAGGAGAUGGAGCAGUGUAUGAUGGCAACCAGAUAACUAGGAGGAGGCUUUUGGAGGCCCCAAGCCCUACAGUUUGGGAGCUCAGCCCUCAGCACAGAAGUAUUCAACUGUGCAAUCAGUCUCUGCUGUACUUGCCAGCUGAAAUAUGGAAAACUCAUGCAACAGUAUGGGCAAGAAAACCACAAAGCCCUUUCUUCCUGCUUCUUUCUUCUUCUUUCAUCAGCUUCCUAUUUAAACCACUUGUAUAUUUGCUGAUUCUGUGGAGGGGGAAAAAUUAACCAUUCCUUUCCUUUGUAGUUUCAGGGAAACACUGGAAAACAUUGGUUCCGCUUUUAAGAGAUGGAAGCAGGAGAGAAGAUAGUCACAAGCUACCAGAGGAAGUCAAAUUAAAACCUGUUUUGGAACCUUAUUAUGAG